CGAAAUAAGCCUGGCACUCCAGCGCGAGCAUCUGACACGAGAGGCUUCAGGAGUCCUUCACUGCGCUCGGUUUAGGGGGAAAUGCGGCUAGGGAACGCUACUCUGAAAGUCUGGUUCCUUGUAAAGCGCCAGUGAUGGAUGUUUAAGGAUGUUAUGGGAUUACUGUGCAGUGCUUCUAUGGAAUAAAGUUGCAGCAUGGAAUCUCAUGGAGAAAACAGGCUCAGCACUUGAACUCCAGCCUAUAGAGAGGACAACCUGGAAUUAGUCUCAUUAUCCUUCUAAACCUAUUCAACUGAACUGGAACUGUUUACUAGCGUGACAAGUGUACAGAACAAACCAUGCAUUUGGGCAGAGGACUGCUGUUUUUCCUUCUCUUGAACAGUGUGACCAUGAGUUUCUCUCUGUCAACCUGCACCACGGUGGACAUCGACCACAUCAAGAAGAAGAGGGUGGAGGCCAUCCGGGGUCAGAUCCUCAGCAAGCUGCGGCUGACCAGCCCGCCGCAGAUCCUGGGCCCUAGUCAGGUGCCCUAUCAAGUGCUGGCCCUCUAUAACAGCACUAGGGAACUGCUGGAGGAGUUAGGGCGAGACAGACACCAGAGCUGCGGCCAGGACAACACCGAGACCGAAUACUACGCUAAAGAGAUACACAAAUUCAACAUGAUCCAGGGCUCCCCUGAAAACAAUGACCUUCCCUACUGCCCCAAAGGAAUAACAUCAAAAGUUUUCCGCUUCAACGUCUCCAGCAUGGAGAAGAACGCCACCAACCUGUUCCGGGCAGAGUUUCGUGCGCUGCGUGUGCCGAACUCCAGCGCCAAGAGAAACGAGCAGCGCAUCGAGCUCUACCAGAUUCUUCGUCCAGAUGAGCACAUCGCUAAGCAGCGUUACAUCGGCGGCAAGAACGUUCUGACUAAAGGAACGCCGGAGUGGGUUUCCUUUGACGUCACUGAGACCAUACGGGAGUGGCUCAUGUAUAGAGAGACCAACCUCGGCCUGGAGGUCAGCGUUCACUGCCCGUGCCACACUUUCAGUCCCAACGGAGACAUCGUUGAGAACGUCAAUGAGGUGUUGGAGGUCAGAUUCAAAGGGAUGGAGAGCGAGUACGAGGAGAACCGCUGGGAUUUGGGUCGACUAAAGAAGCAGAAGGAGCAGCUUCUCCCUCAUCUGAUCCUGAUGAUGCUGCCGCCACACCGGCUGGACGUGCUGCCCACCUCUAGACGACGCAAACGCGCGCUGGACACCAACUACUGCUUCUCGAACUACGAGGAGAACUGCUGCGUUCGGCCGCUGUACAUUGACUUCCGGCAGGAUCUGGGCUGGAGGUGGAUCCACGAACCCAAAGGGUAUCACGCCAACUUCUGCUCGGGGCCGUGUCCAUACCUCCGCAGCGCUGACACCACGCACAGCUCGCUGCUGAGCCUGUACAACAUGCUGAACCCCGAGGCGUCCGCUUCCCCCUGCUGCGUUCCUCAAGACCUGGAGCCGCUCACCAUCCUCUACUACGUGGGCCGAACGCCUAAAGUGGAGCAGCUCUCCAACAUGAUCGUCAAAUCCUGCAAGUGCAGCUGAGGGGCCCGAGACCCCGGCCCUGAGCCCGACGCGGGUUCCAGCGCUCGAGGGGCAGCAGGAAGGGUGCGUGCCAGGAACUGGACUCUGAAUGAAUACCUCUGUACAUCCUUCUCACCCACAUCCAACCCGGGAGCCAGAGGCUUCUCUAAGCACUAGAAAGUGGCCUUCCAAGACGACUACGCUGCCCCACGAUCCCUCGGAUUCUAGUUUGACGUUUGACGAGACUUGUCCACUUGUAAUGUGUAAUUUUUGGUCAGCUCUUUACCUGCAAACCUCAUGGGCAUUUGUGAACUCUGACCUUCGUAAACAUCUAGAGAAGCGGCUUCACUGAGGACGAUCGCUCAGAGACGACACGCGUGCUGGAUCGACACGAGAGCAGCAGCCGGCCCACGAUCGCCAAUCCUUGUGUUUUUGUAUAACGAUGUUCUAACAUAACUCAUCUGAGCACGGCAUUUCCCAGACCGAACUUUGUAGUGUGUACCGCAGUAAUCGACACGGUCUGUCUAACGUGACGGUGUUAAUGUUAAUACAAACAUGCUGGAAAGAAAUCUUUUGACUAAUGUUUACCUCUGUCACUUUAGGGAUUUGUAUAGUUCUUCAAUGAAGCUGACGUUUGGAUACAACACAAACUGCUAAUGUUUUUACUGCUAUUACUCCUGAAAACACUUUUUUUUUUAAUUAAACAGUCUUGGACGAAAAGAA